GUUCUUAAAAGCACGUGACUGUGAUGCAGGGAAACAGCUGAAGAGCGCGUGAACAGCUUCACCUUGUUUAUUUAGUGCAAUACACAGGGUGCAGUAAUUAUUUAUUCUAACCUCUAACUAGUGUACUUUAUAGGGAAUAGGAAGCCAGUUGAGAUGCAGUACAAGCUAAAGGCCUUUUAAAGUAGUGGAACAGUUUUCUUAACGCGGUUUUACCUUUUUUUUUUUUUUUUUUUUAAAUGCAAUAAAGUGUUUUUGUGAAUAGUUUUGUGUGUUUUUAUAAAUCGGCAGCAAACAUGGCCUCGAAUAUUCGGUUAUGUUUCCACACAACAUUACAUUGGACUUUUAUUUGGGUCUGUAUGCUGUGGAGCAGCAUGGCAGUGAUGACCAAAACCUACCAAAGACCAAACAUUGUGUUGAUCCUCACAGAUGAUUUGGACAUUUCCAUCGGCGGAAUGAUUCCAUUAAACAAAACAAGGAAGUUAAUUGGGGAUGCAGGAAUAACCUUUACAAACACUUUUGUUGCCAGUCCCCUGUGCUGUCCCAGCAGAGCCAGCAUCCUUACAGGCAAAUACCCACACAACCACCGUGUGAUCAACAAUACUUUGGAAGGAAACUGCAGCAGUCUCGCCUGGCAGAAGAGCCAGGAGCCUUAUACUUUCCCUGUCUUACUGCAGAAACAUCUCUACUACCAAACGUUCUUCGCGGGGAAGUACAUGAACGAGUAUGGAAACAAACAGUCUGGUGGAGUGGAACAUAUUCCCCCAGGCUGGGACCACUGGUUUGCACUGGAGAGAAACUCAAAAUAUUACAAUUACACAUUAUCAGUAAAUGGUAAAGCACAGAGGCAUGGACAGAAUUAUACUGAGGACUAUCUUACUGAUGUUCUGGCCAACAUAUCACUAGACUUUCUUCAGUACAAGUCUAACUACAGGCCAUUUUUCAUGAUGGUGUCUACACCAGCUCCUCAUUCUCCCUGGACAGCUGCUCCACAAUAUGAGAGCCACUUUUCUGAAGUCAAAGCCCCAAGAGAUCCCAGUUUUAAUACCCACAGCAAGGAUAAACACUGGCUAAUUCGACAGGCAAAGACUCCAAUGUCAAACUCCUCUGUGGAAUUCCUGGACAAUGCUUACAAAAAACGGUGGCGCACUCUUUUGUCUGUAGACGACCUGGUGGAGAAGGUGGUAAAGAAAUUGGAAGCUCAAGGAGAUCUGGAGAACACGUACAUCUUUUUCACUUCUGACAAUGGCUAUCACACUGGCCAGUUUUCUCUUCCCAUGGACAAGCGUCAGCUUUAUGAGUUCGACAUCAGAGUUCCUCUGCUAGUACGUGGACCAGACAUCAAGCCCAACCAGACCAGCCCGUUACUUGUAGCUAAUAUAGAUUUGGGCCCAACUAUCCUGGACAUGGCGGGGUAUGAGGUAAAUAAGACCCAGAUGGAUGGGAUGUCCUUUCUACCUGUUAUGAUUGGUAAGGAGAACAGCACAACAUGGAGGUCUGACUUUCUGGUGGAGUAUGAGGGAGAAGGACACAAUGUCUCAGAUCCAGCCUGUCCCAGCCUGGGCCCAGGUGUCUCAGAAUGUUUUCCUGACUGUGUAUGUGAAGAUGCGUACAACAACACAUAUGCUUGCGUUCGUACCGUCUCCCAGACUAGCAACCUGCAGUACUGCGAGUUUGAUGAUAAUGAGGUGUUCGUAGAAGUGUAUAACCUGACAGCAGACCCCUUCCAACUCAAGAACAUUGCCAAAAGCAUCGAUCAGGAGGUUCUGGAGAAAAUGAAUCAUCGACUGAUGAUGCUGCAGUCAUGUUCAGGACAGUCGUGCAGAACACCUGGAGUCUACGAUUCACGGUUUAAAUUUGAUCCUCAGAUGAUAAUCAACAGUCUCCGGCCUCAUGGAAGCCGACUCCGGCAGGUGCUAAAGUAAAGACAGAAAGCUCUGUCCUGCUGCCUUUUUCUCCCCUGAGCUUCCCUUUGAGAAUUGUGGCUUUCUCUUCCACACUUGGUGUAAAGAAUAAGGUCAUGAGGUUUUCUAGGAACAGGGAUGUUACCCUGAUGUUACCCUGCUACAGUCACCCUUUUCUGUAGUUUCUGACAGCUCCAUUUUUAAUAGGAUGCCUAUGUUCAGUAUGAAGCAUUGCUCAGAUUACAUAUUUAUAUCAUUUUUGCAUCUUGAGAUUAACAACCUAACCCUAAGUGGUUUAGAUUAGACUAGUAUAGCAGGGAUGACAUUGGCUGUUGUUGUUUUUGUUUUUUUUUCUUUUUCUUUUUCUUGUAUUCUAUAAAGUUUUAGGCCUUAAAUUCUGCCACAAUAACAUGUUUGAUAACCUUGUUUGGAUGUUUUAGUGCUGUAGUUGGUCAAAACCAAAGUUUGAAUAAUGGAAUGUAUUCCGUUUCACACAGCAAUGUGCCUAAUUCUCACUAGUGACUACUGAUUUUUUUUUUAUUAAAAUAUACAAAAUCAUAGAUUUUCACAAUUAGUGCUCAUGGGGGUGGCGGACCUCAAAUUCACAAGAUUCACAGCCAAAGGGUUUACUGUACUCCAAUUACAUCAUUAAUAACUUUAAUGUUAAUUGUCCGUUUUAGUGCAAAAAAUAGUAUUUUACUAUGAGGGUGUAUAAACGGAUACAAGGCACCGUGUCACACUGUCUGCUAGCUCAGCUUCACUAAUAAGGGAACAGUUUCCUCUUUGUACUGCUACAUGUUGGAUUAUCAAAUAUGUUUAUAUAGUAAUUUUACGCCAACAUCAUGACCUGGUUUCAGAUAUUACUAAUGAUUUGGUGUUUUGUUGCUGUAUAUGAUCUAUAAAAUAACUGCUCUUCACUUAAUGUUGACUUAAAGUCAAUAUGUGACUUUAUUUUACUGAGGCACUUUCUGAUCUGUGAUAGUUUGUUUUAUUUUGCACAUCAUUUCUUUGUGUAAUUUUCCUGUAGUUGGUGUGUUAUUUUUUUUCAGAGUUUGAUCAAUAAACUAUUAUGACAUUG